UUUCUUGUAGUCUUGUGUCUACAAGCCUUGUUGAUGGAUUAAUGUAGCUAGGUGAAAUGAGAGUGUUUGUGUCUUGGUGAAGACGAAUAGGAAUCGAAAUCAUGCGGACUCUAUGUGAUGCUUGUGAGAGCGCUGCCGCCUUGGUCUUCUGUGCUGCUGAUGAGGCCUCCCUCUGCCGUUCCUGUGAUGAGAAGGUUCACAUGUGUAAUAAGCUGGCUAGUCGGCAUGUGAGGGUUGGGCUGGCUGACCCCAUCGCUGUUCCUCGUUGUGAUAUAUGUGAAAACGAACCUGCAUUCUUCUACUGCGAGACGGAUGCAAGUUCUCUUUGUUUGCAAUGUGAUAUGGUGAUACAUGUUGGAAGUAAAAGAAACCAUGCAAGAUAUCUGUUUUUCAGGCAGAGAGUUGAGUUUCCAGGAGAUAAGGCUUCUCAGGCAGAAGAUCUAACUUUGAAAUUAGAAGGUGAAAGUAAGGACAAGACGGGGCAGAAUCAGUCAUCCAAACCAGUGUCUGCAGAGAAUCAGGAUAAUUGCAGCAUCUCCAAGGCCCGAACUAUGAAUGCCAGUACUCAAGGACUUGCUAAUAGGGGAACUAUGUUUGAUCUGAAUGUCAAGCCACAAAAGAACAAUGGUGAAGGCUCAAAUCAUCAGGAACGCUAGACUGUACGCGCGGAUAAUAUUCAUUACAAGAUUAAGGAAUAUAGCAGCGAGUUUCUCUGACAAGCUCUUCUCCGAAUGCAACUGUUAAGUUAAGGAUUAGGGUCUGUAUAGUUAGCGAUAGCUCAGGCGUCUAAUGGCAGCACAAACUGUCCUUGGACUUGUAAUGAAUGCCAUAAGGUUAUUAUUAUGUCAAUUAGUAUGAGAAAAGAGUGCUGUAUCAUUUAUUAUGUUAAUUAGUACUUCAAUUUUUACGGUGA